CCAGGCAGCACAGCGCCGGCGCAUGUGUAACACCCCUCAUUUCCGAAUGUUCGUAUGAACUGUUGGUGAUAAUGUAAGCAUCUAUUUUAAUUGACAAAAGAAAUAGAGUAUGAAUUAGAGGUAACCUAUUUGUAAGAUUUGGGAGAUCUGUUCAAAAAAAAAAAAAAAGGAAGAAAGAAUCUGAGGACCUAUAUGUAAACCCUAAGGACCUAAUCGUGAAUAUGAUAAAAACAAGGACUAAACUGCAAAAUGCACCAAAUGACAAAUUCCACCGCUUAAGCCUCUCUGCCUUCGUUGUUAAGGAAGCAGAGGAGGCAGCUCGUGGGUGAUCAGGGAAAGAAAAGAAGAAGAAGAAGAAGAAGAAGAAGAAGGAGAAGAGAAAGAAAAUUUGGGGCUUUUAGGGUUUUUGCUUUAAUCUUGUUACUUCGGGUCAAAAUUUGCAAAGGCAACAAGGAUGACGAGAUCAUCUGGUUCUCCUGUUGCAUCUACUACUGAUCAAUUGAGUGGUAUUAUGCGGACUUUGGAGACUAUGGCACAAGUGAUGCAACAACAACAACAACCUGUCCAACAAGGAAGUAAUGAUGGAAUAGAGACAUCAAACCGGACGGGGUUGGGAAUUGGACAGUUUAAGAAGCUUAGUCCUCCCAGUUUCAGUGGUGAAUCUGAUCCAAUGGUGGCGGAACGAUGGAUGAUGCAGAUAGAGAAAAUAUUUGAUGCCUUAAGUUACUCUGAUGAACGAAAGGUUUUUCUUGCCACCUUUAUGCUGGAAGGAGAAGCUGAACACUGGUGGAGAAUGAUUAAGAGGAUGUCUGAAAUCAAACAUGAGCCUAUGACAUGGAAGUUAUUCCAAGAAAAGUUUUACGACAAAUAUUUUCCAGAUUGCAUGAGAGAGCAAAAAGAAUUGGAGUUCUUGAAUCUUAUCCAGGGAAGUAUGACGGUUACAAAGUAUGAAUCUAAAUUUACUGAGCUCUCCAGGUUUGCCACACAUAUGACUGAUGAUGAAUCUAGAAAGGCAAGAAGGUUUGAAAGGGGAUUACGGCCGGCAAUAAGAAGCCGAAUGUCAGCCUUAAAAUUACAAACAUAUGCUGAUACGGUAGAAAGAGCUUUGAAAAUUGAAAGAGACAUGGAGGAAAUUCAAGAAAUCAUUGGCAAGAACCAAAGGGACAAAUUUACUAGCAAAAGCAGGAGGGAAAAUGAAUAUGAAGAUAGUAACAAGAGGUUUAAGACAUCUGGAUUUGAGAAAAGGAAACCAUGGGGGAGGACUCAGUUAUGUGCAAAAUACGGAUUAAAUCAUGAGACAGGCCGGUGUUUUCGGGUGACUGGAGCAUGUUUUGGUUGUGGAAAGCUAGAUCAUCAAUUAAGAGAUUGCCCGCUGAACAGGAAAAAGAAGCCACUGUCUCCUAGACCCUCAGCACAUGCUAGAGUAUAG